ACCGAAGCUCGCCUUUUUGCCAAUUUGCGGCCUCAUGGAACCCAUAUAUCAUUGUCUAGUUCAUAUAGUUCUCCCGAUAUAUCCAUGGGUAGCGUCGGGCCCUCUAGCCAUAUGUCUCCCAUUGAAUAUUCAUCUCCUCCUUCCGAAGUGACUAAUACGAUAACCCAGCAUUCCUCUGCAUACCCGUCUCGUGUCGAAUCGCAAUAUACUAACAGGCCUCUUUACCCAUCAUCUUUACCGCCCCCUGCACCGUCCGUUUCAAGGUCACCUUAUAACGCUUCAACGUAUCUCGAACAUAACCAUCCCAGCUCUGCGCCAUAUUCUCAUUCUUCGCCCAAUGGAAUGUCUACAUCUUCACCUCCAGGAGCACAGGCCCUAUCUUUGCCACCGCCUGCUAAGCUGUUUCCUUCAGAGCCGCCCUCACAACUGUACGAAGUGACAUCAUCACCCCCUCGUUCGACAAGCGAAGCUGCGGGUCCAGGACCAUGUCGAGUAGACCUCGCGCCACUCCACUCUCUCCAAAGGAACCACCCCUAUCGACGAGACCCUGUUGACGACAAAGCAUUACGUCUCCUCGGCCCUCGGCCUGCUUGACUAUUUACUGGUUUGCUUUGACUUGUCACGAAGUUCUUACGUCGCAUCAUAAAACGGCAAAACCCACGUGGUAGCCCUGAGCUUGGGCUACGAGCACGAAAAGUGCUCGCGCUCUGUUUUGGGCUUGAUAAACCCCGCGGAGUUCGCGUAUAUGUAGGGGGAUUCCUUUCAGUUUCUUUGACAUUGGUGUUAUACCUUGGCUCCACUUGGACGAGAUAAGAGUCAAAGGAACUCUUUUACGAACUAUACGUGGUGCUAUUUUCCACUAAUGUUGCUUAUGAGCAUGUAUUUCGCGGACGAGUAUAUUUAUAAUAUGGAAAACGGUGGACAAUCCAAGUAAGGAUAAAUGACUAGUUAUAAUUUUACCGACUUAUCCGUUCGAAUUACCACGUAGAAUUAUGUGGCCCUUUUUACUUUUUCUCCCCCCUGCUGGCUGGUAAAAGGUACUGCGCACUAACUUAGGUACAGACUGGUCCAUACCAUGUAACUGUAGUUUCGAUCGAUCAGGGCCUAGUCAGGGC